AUGCCACCCGAAUACGAUGAUGGUUUAGCAGAGCCAGUUUCCUCCCUGAGAAGCAUUCGCCCGAAUUCUCGAGUGGCGAGUCGCUCGUUGCUCUCAUCGCAAAAAGCCGUUCUCCAUCCGGAAUACAACGCGCUUCUGAUGCAAUGGGGUCAAUAUCUAAUUCAUGAUAUGGCUAAAACCACACUUGUGCCAUCUUCAAAAUGUAACGUUUGUCAGAAUAUCCGUGGUCGUUGCAUGGCCAUUCCAAUCCAACAAGACGACCCAAACGCUAAGUGCGUUUUCAUGAUACUAUAUUGA